AUAGUUCCUCUUCUUCAAGUUCUAGUGUGGAAGGCAUAGCAGUGUAUAUCUCAAAAGAAAAAACUGUAGGAUUCAUUGCGAAUGCGGUUGACGAUGCGAUGAUAAAAAAGAAUGGAUAUCAAUGA